AGGCUGUGAGGCGCGGACCGAGAGACGCCCACGAAGGGCAGGCUCAGGGCCAGUGAGGUCACAAAGCGGCUCUCCCCGAUUGGCUGAAAGAAACCCUCCGUUUGCUUUCCUCACAGGGACCGUUGCCAAGGGAAACAAGCCCGUCUUGUUUCCCCUCCCCGUCAUCCGCCGGAAAGAGCUAUCGCUUCCGGUUGGGACUCUCUGGCGCAGGAGAAGAUGCGGCUCUUCUCUGUCCUGCGGGCCCCGGCUGUGGGUUGGCGGGAGCGGUUCGACUGUGGCGGCCGAGAAGUGGCCCGCUGGUUCCCCGGGCACAUGGCAAAAGGGCUGAAGGACAUGAAGAACCGCCUGCGCGUAGUGGACUGCUUGCUGGAGGUGCACGAUGCCCGCAUCCCACUCUCUGGCCGGAACCCUCUACUGCAGCAAGCACUGGGUAUCCGUCCCCACUUGCUGGUGCUGAACAAGAUGGACCUUGCAGACCUGACCCACAAAUCGCGGAUUCUGGAAUGUUUGAGACAGCAAGGUCUCAGCCACGUCCUUUUCACAGAUUGCCUCCAAGAUGAAAAUAUUGACAAGAUUGUGCCCCUUAUCACGGAACUGGUCAGCAAUAGCCAGCGCUAUCAGAGGGCUGAGAAUAUUGAAAGUUGCAUCAUGGUCAUCGGUGUGCCAAACGUGGGGAAAUCCUCAGUCAUCAACUCAUUGAGAAGGCUACAUCUCCAAAAGGGGAAAGCCUCUAGUGUUGGUGGGCAACCAGGUAUUACCAGAGCGGUCCUUACCAGAAUACAGGUUUGUGACCGACCUCUCAUGUUCCUCUUGGAUACCCCUGGAGUGCUGUCUCCCCAAAUCGAGUCCGUAGAGAUCGGCUUGAAACUUGCACUUUGUGGGGCAAUCCGGGAUCACCUGGUAGGUGAGGAGGUCAUUGCCGAUUACCUGCUUUACACACUGAACCGUCAGCAGCAGUUCAGUUACGUAGAACGCUAUCGACUGGCCAGCCCUUGUGAUGACGUGGAGACUGUACUCAAGAGCAUAGCACUACACUUGGGCAAGACCCGCCGAGUCAAAGUGUUGACGGGCACAGGAAACGUCACUGUGACUGCACCCAACUACAAUGGAGCAGCGGUUGACUUGAUCCACUCUUUCCGCAAGGGACUUCUUGGGAAGGUGAUGCUCGACUGAGCACUCGCUUUGUGCCGGUGCUCCGGGUUUUCUUCCUGGAUUGUACUGGGUGGUUUUGUUUGGAGCAGGGGGGACGCCCUCAGCCACCUGAAGAAGGCCAUGUGGACUCGGCUUGUUGUCGAUCAUACAGCUAUCUGCAGUUUACCUGCUUCUUUGGGAAACCAUGGCCAUACCUGUCUGCAGCCAUGAUAUACGAGGAGGAAACUGGCAGCAAGGAUAGUCGCGUGCAGCCUUCCGCCCCACUCCGUGUCCUGGGCAUCCUUUCUCUUGUCCCUCAGUUCCUGCACCACGUCCCAGCAACCCAAGGAGGCAUACUUUGGGGGAAGAGAGAGCUCCCUAGGUAGCUUGAGCAAAGAGCUCACGAGACCACUGCAGGUUGCAGCACCUGGCACACGUUAUAGCGCGCACUCCUGUAUAUCAGUCAACAAGUUGCCCGAUACGCAUGCUAUGAACUAAAGGAUGACCCUGUGCUUAGCUAGGGCUGCUCUUCCAGUUGAAGAACUCUGAUAGGCUGCCUCCGUCCUGGACUGCAUCAGCUUCUCCCCUGUAUGCUGGGAUGGCUUAAAUGACACGUUGCAGACUGCCUUUGACAUCUCCCUCCCACCUAAAAGUGCAGAAAAGAAGAUUCUUGUUGCAGAGGCAGCAGUUUCUCUCCUUCACCACCUUUUCCUGCAUCAGGAGGACUGUGCCUCAUCUCUCCCGCUCUGCAGUGCUUUUGAAUGUUAAGGUUUACUUAUCCAUGCUGUGAAGACAGGUCUGUACAGCGUUCAGAGGGUCUAAAAGGCUCUUUGCUGGGACACAGAUGGCAGAGCAAGGGGGAGACUAGGCUGCGAUGGGGCUUCACUCCUAGGACUUUCCUGGGAGUAAGUCCCACUGAAUAAAAUGAUACUUCUGAAUAAACCUGCUUAAGAUCGU